AUGGCCGCAGAUAACGAUGACAGUGACAUCGAGGUCAUUGAACUGGAUACCUCGACCGAUGACGUUGAGCUGGAAAUAGUGGAAGUUGCCAAGCCACCGGCGGCCAAGAAGAAGCGCUCCGAGUUUCCGCCACAACUGCAGAAGCGCAUCCCGAUGUUGUACGCGGCUGAGAAUGGCAACAUCUUUUGGGCCCUCGACUCGCUCAUCUAUCACCACUUCGAGUCGCGCACGUUCCGCCUACAAGAGCCGGCGCUGCACAGGAAAUGGCAGAUCAGGGCUGCGGAAAAAGGGCUAGUGCCGACUACAAACGCCGAGUCAUCCCAUUUCUCGAAGCAACAGGCCCGGCUGGAAGACAAGAAGAAAAUUGAGGACGCCCGGUUCAACGCGCGUUCCACGGCUCUGCCGAAGAGCUACGUCUACCCGUUGCAUCAGGAGAAGGUCCCGGCACCUGAAUUCCGGGAAAAGGACGAGGACGCUGUCGUUGACACGAUCGAAUUCAUCUGCGAGCUGGCUGACGACAGCACUGCCGCCCGUCAAGAAGCCCUUCAACUGAAGCGCGUCUACGCCAAUUACCAGCUGAAAAAGGCGCCGCCGGCGUGCACUUUGGAAGAGCUUCGGCACGAAAUCGUCGAGGGCGCCCGUUGGCGAUUGGGAAUGUCGGUGAGCACGCAGAUCAUCGGCCCGUCGCUCGCCACGCUUUCGAACUGGCUGAGCUUGGCCCCGGAGCGCGAGCUGUCCUCAGACGUCGGCGAGCCGGUCGCCCUGCUCCGUGACGUCGAGCCCGAUCCGGAGAGGUUUGAAGUGCGGGCCGUGCUGGAGAAUAUGCUUGAUAUGGUCUCCGACUUCUCCGCGAAUCGUCAGGACCACAUGGCGGCGGUGGUGAAGGAGCUGAAUCUGAGGAUGUACACUGGAACCGAGCAACAACAGCCCUCCACCAGCCAGGAAUCCGCUUCUGACGCCGUCUGGGUCGAGUACCCGCUUGCACAUCCGUGCGUCUACAAAUUCUCGCAAGCCGCCCAAAUUGAGCGAUGCGUCGACAUACGGAGGUGGCAGAAAGCGCCCUCGAGUGGUGGAUUUGCGGACAACGCGCUGAACGCCGUCACCUUUGGCCAGCAGUGCCUGAACGACGCGAACUAUUGCCGCUACACCCAGGAGCAACAGCUCGAAACUCGCGAGCGGAGUAAUUCGAAGAAGGCCGCGCACAACUGGAAGCGGCACAACACGAUGGAGGAGGCUCUGCAACUGGCCAAAACAGCUGGGCUCGAUGAUGAGGGCGUGCGCACGGUCACCUACAUGAUGCACCGGAAGCUGAAGGACCUGCAGAAGGUCUUCAAGGCCAGAAUUGCGUACGGCGUCCGUGACUAUUCGGCCCUGUCGCGCUACAACCGGCCCGGCGCGCAGCGUGCACCGCUUCAGAAUCAGCCGUCGCCGUGGCAGGUUCCGCCCACUUUUUCACAGCCCCCUCCACCAGUGCGGUUCGCGCAUCUCGCCCAGCCGUCCUACCAUCAACAGCCUCCCCAAAUGGCCGCCCCGCACUACCAGCAGCAGCAGAUGCCGGCCGUUCCCCCGUAUGGCGCCUCCCCGAUGGUCCAGCAACAUCAAAUGUCCUUCUACCAGGGCACAAAUCUGCCGCCAUUGAAUGGACACCAGCAGAUGCCGAUACAAAUCCCGCCACCGUCGAUGACAAUUCCGCAGCCGGUCCCGCCCCAAGUCGCCAUCCCGCAACCCCGGAUGCAGACACUCGUCGAUGUUCUAUCGAGGCCCUACGAGACGAUCGAGAUCGUGUCCUCAUCGCCAUCCACCUCAACAACUAGCGCCAAUCCCGCCUACCAGGAGCAGCACUUUGAGCGUGAGGUGCAACGCCGCGUCGAGGCCGAGCUGCGCAAACGGUUGGGCGGCGAGUCGCGCUCGGUGGAUGAGCAUGACUUCGAGAAGCGCAAGGAUCAUCACUGGGGUCUCAUCGAAACGAAGGAGAAGGCCGAGCGCAGGGUGGCCGGGCUGGAGGAGCAGCUCCAGAAAAAGAAGGAGUUUCUGCUACAACAAAUGGAGGCCGAGUCGAAGGCGAAGCGAGCACGAGAAGAAGAGGAGCGUCAGAUGGCCGAGAUGAAGACCCGAACGCAGGAGGUGUGGCGCCGCGAGGUUGAGAAUGGAGUGCAACAAGCCAAACAAGCGGCCGCCGAUGCGUAUCGCGAUACGUUGCGUGAGCUCGAGCGAAAGAAGCGCAACGUGGAGACCGAGCUGCGCAUCCAGCAGCACCGCCUCAAGAACAGCGUCCACACACCGAAGGUGGAAGCCGUGGUUGUUAGGCAGCCAUCACCACCCCCAUCAACUUCUACCGCCUUGCCGAGCGCCCGCCGUGCCGGCUUCAUCAAGGCCGAGGUGGUCGACCUGACGUCGGAGGAUGACGUCGAAUUCAUCGAU